AUGACUUCGUCAAUUAUCGCAUUCCAUUCAGUACAGAGAGCAGGUGUGAUCGUCGACCGUGUUGCGGACAUCGACCAAAUGAACAAUCCGAUCGAAUUCGAAGCCGAUGAAGAAGACUCAGGUCGCGAUGUGGAAGAAUUAGUGAGUCCGCUUAGGCGCAAAAGGAGGAGAACGUACCGUGAGUUUCGGCUACCCGAGAAAAUAAUACAAGAAAGAAGGAGAAGGCAUCGCUCAACAGCAUCAAGGGCUCAACAUGAUGACUUGUCCACAUUGGUUCAAACUGUCAGAGAAAUGUCUUCAACAGUAGCUACUGCUUCACAAAGUUGUCAAAUGCAUCUUAGUGAUGGAAACAGUGCUAGUAGUGAUAAAGAUGUGUCACCAAACAGUAGCUUUGAUGAUCAGUUGCUAUCUGGCCUCUCUGACAUUCCUUUAUCCGAUGAAGAAAAUAUUCAAGAAAUUGGGCAGGAAGAGUCUUCAUCACCAGUGUUUGACAGCUGUCCUCGUUCUUGCAAGGUCAGUGCUUUGUUGACAAUGGCUUUGAUCAGUCGCCACAAGCUGACAACUCGUGCAGCCAAUGACAUCAUAGCUCUACUGGUUGCCCACUGGCCAGAUCAUCAUCGGGGUUUUACCUCCUUGUACACUUUAAAGUCACGGUUUGCAGAAAUGGUGGGGAAGCAACCUGAAAUGCAAACUGUUAACUAUUGCAAACAGUGCCACUCAAUUCUGAAUGAAAGUUUAAGUUGUCAGGAGUGUGACCAAGCCGCAACAGUUGGCGAAUAUCUUCAAGUCAAUUUAGAAAAGCAAAUUCAACAACUUUUCCAAGACCAUAGUUUUGUAUCACACCUACACAAGAGAUCUGACAAUUUAGGAGAUCCUGAUGUAGUUGAGGAUGUCACAACUGGCAAGGAGUAUACCAAGUAUCUCCUAUUCCAUAGAUCUGCAGUGUCAAAGAGUAACCUUAGUUUGACUCUAAACAUGGAUGGUGUAGCUGUUUUUCGAAGUUCCAAGAAUGGCAGCCUGUGGCCAGUUUAUCUGACAGUAAAUGAGCUACCACCAAAGCUCAGAUUCUCUCCUAAGUAUGUCAUACUGGCAGCUGUUUGGUGUCAGGCAUCAAAGCCAGAUGUGUACAUCUUACUAGAACCAUUAAUGAGGCAAUUACGUCAACACUUUGAGCAAGGGAUACCAGUUGAGACUUCUUUCUGGAAAGGUCGAUGCCAUCCUGCUCUGCUUCUUGUCACUGUUGAUCUCGAUCCCAGCAAGAGCUUUAAUUACUUGUAUGAAGCAGUUGGUGGUAUUAAAAGUGCAUCUCCACUGCUGCUAGCAAAACCCUUUGACAUGUCAAAGGGAGUUGUAAUAGACUGGAUGCAUGGUAUGCUGUUGGGGUUGGCAAAGAAGUUGUUGGAGUUAUGGCUACAACCAGUGAAUCGACAUCACGUGUUUUACAUUGGUGACAAGAUUGAUGCUCUGGAUAACCGACUCUUGAAAAUUGAAGUGCCAGAUAUUAUUACAAGGAAACCUAGAACUUUGAGAGAUGCGUCUGGUUGGAAAGGUUUCAUAAAGUUUUGGUUUUGCACUUAG